CUUCCUUUUAACGACGCUUAAAUUUAAAAUGUAACGAACUUUUUUUUAUUGAAACAUUAAAGGGGGCAUGCAAAAUGAAUAGGUAAAUUAUUUACUUGAUUGGCUUGCAAAAGGGAUUUACUUGCCUAUUACAUACUUACGGAUUUAGAUGAUGGAUAGAACACGAAUUCCUCUUUCUUCUAGAAAACAACCUCUUAAUCCUCGUGUACCUCACAGCGUAUCAGUUACUCGUUCAAACAACAACAUCGUUCACCCACCCGCCAGGAGAAUUGUACGACGCUCGAAUUCAUGCUCCGAUCUUAAUUUUGGUGCAACACCAGUGUCUCGUUUAAAUGCACAAUCAACAAUUAACUUAACCACAAUCAACAAGAGGCCAGCUUUUGCCAAACCAAAUUUGAAGACGGUUCCAUCCGUGAAGCUUGGAAGUAAAAGAGUAGCCGUAGAUCCUCCUGCGCAGGCACCUACCAAUACCAAAGUUGCAAAAAUUCCACCUUAUGAUUACAAGGCACGUUUCAAUGCACUCUUGGAAAAACAUAAAAUAUUACAACAAACUUUGCUUGACAAAGAUGCUGCUUUAAGUUCCACUACUGACCAACUUGGAGAUGCACUAAAUGAAUUUGCACUGUUAAAGAAAAAGUCGGCGAAUCUCGAAGAUGAUUUGAAUCGGGCAAUUCAAGCUGGCGCAGUAAAUGAGGCAAGAAUAAGAGAAUUGGAGAACACACAGUCUCUCCUUCGUCAAGAUUUAUUAAAGUUGCAGGACACUAAUUAUGCGCAACAACAACUGCUGGAGCUUUAUGAGGGUAGAAUACAAGAACAUGAACAUGUUCGGCGUAUUAUGCAUAAUCAAAUCCAAGAUCUGAAAGGUACGAUACGUGUAUUCUGCCGUGUUCGGCCUGCGCUUUUCUCUGAAGACAGUAAACAAUUAUGCAACAUCGGGUUUAUCGACGAAGACAUGCUGGAAAUCAAAAAAACCAACGAGCUUAAUGGCUCAAGGAUAAACGACGCUUGUUUGCAGUUCGUAUUUGAUAAAGUUUUUCAACCGGAGGCAUCCCAAGUUGAUGUCUUUCACGAGUUAUCACAACUAAUCCAAAGCGCGAUGGACGGUUAUCACGUCUGCGUUUUUGCAUAUGGUCAGACUGGCUCGGGUAAAACUUACACGAUGCAGGGCGGUGAUGGCUCUUCUCCAGGUAUGAUUCCUCAGACUGUCGACUUUAUAUUCAACUUGAUUGCAAAGUAUGAGAAAAUCGGCUGGCGUUACACUGUUGAAGCCAGUUUUUUGGAAAUUUACAAUGAAAGUAUUCGAGAUUUACUGAAACUUCAGAGUAAAGAGCAUUUGGACAUUUGCUUCAACGAGGGGAAAGGCAUAACGGUAAGAAAUUUGACGAUUAAUCCCGUACAUUCGCCUCAGGAAUUGCACACUCUCAUAUCACGUGCCAUCCAAAAUCGUGCGGUAGCAUCUACAAAUUACAACGAACACAGUUCAAGAUCGCACGUCGUCACCAAAAUUAGUCUAACAGGCGUUCAUCUCAAUACAGUACACAACGGCUCGUUGAGUUUGGUCGAUUUGGCCGGUUCCGAAAGUGCCAAAACCUCGGAGCGUAUCACCGAAACGAAAAAUAUAAAUAAGAGUUUGACCGCUUUAGGGUCGGUUAUGUCGGCGCUGCAGAACAAGGAGAAUCACGUUCCUUAUCGUAAUUCGAAAUUGACCUACUUGCUACAAAGCAGUUUGGGUGGUAAUUCGAAAACUUUAAUGUUUGUCAACAUUGCGCCUUUUCAGGAGUGUUACGGUGAGUCUGUUAACGCAUUGAGGUUUGCGUCUAAAGUCAAAGAAGUUAAAUUAAUGUCAAAGAAAAAUAAGACUGUAAUAAGAAAUUAGUUUGUAAUUAAGUUUGCAUGUAGUAGUUUUUAAUGUUUUUAUAAUUUAUGAUUAUAUAAUAUAUUGUGUGUUACAUUAAAUAAAAACUAUAGAUUU